UCCCCGCUCCCGCCGCAAACCCUUGGCAUUGCCCGGCGCCGGUCGGUGCGCUUUCCCUGGCAUGGAGAGGAGCCGCGGCCACGGCAAGAACGCGCACCCGCCCCCGCUCGCGCCGCCGCGCCGGGCGCGGGCGGAGCGCCAGCGCGCGUCCGGGUCCGGCGCGUCCUUCUCGGCCUCCCUCCUCGACACCAUCUACCGCUCCCUCGACGACGGCGGCGUCGUCGACGGCGACGCCGCGCGCCGGUCGGAGGAGCAGGCGCUGGCGCCGGCGCCGCCGCAGUUCUGGUGGGCGGGCAAGCCGAAACAGGCCGCGGGCGCGGACAGACGCCGCCGCGAGACGGGGCCGGCGGUUCGCCCGCGGCACUCCGGGUACGCGUCGUCCGCCACCUCGUCGUCGGACUCGACCUCCAGCUACAGCUUCUCCUGCUCGUCCGCCUCGACCACCGACACCGAGUCCACGUGCCGCCGGCGCAGCCCGCCCCCGCCGCGGCGCCAGCUGGAGGAGUUCGUCGCCCCGGACAGUGUGGACGUGGCCGUGCCAGUGACAACGCCCGGCGAGAAGGCGAAGAAGAAAGGCAGGCCGUGUUUUCCUGUCGCGAGGCACCGGCCAAGAGACGCCGCGCCGUCUUCGCCCGGGCCACCGCCGCCGUCGCCGGGGACGUUCGCGUGCGCCCUCAAGGCUCUGUUCACCUCCGGCCGCCUCCCGAGGAAGCCCAGGACUCCGACACGCGCCCCACCUCCGCAGACGUUGCCGGAGCUACCGCAGCCAUCGUGCGUGUCGGCCGCGACGGACGCGAGCAUGGCGGAGAGGAGGUGCGUGAGGUUCUGCUCGGACGCCGAGGCGUCGGUGGUGCGGCGCAGGGUCGAGGAGCUGGUGCGGAGCCUCGGGGAGCUCGAGGAGGACGAGGAGGGGAGCGACUCCAGCUCCGAUCUCUUCGAGCUGGAGAGCCUUGGCGGGGCGAACGGCGACGAGCUGCCCGUGUACGGCACCACCAGCCUCGUGGCCAAUCGCGCCAUCGCGCACGCGACGGUUUUCUAGGUCCUUCGCAUGCUAAAAAAGGGCAAAAGUUGUAAAAAUUGGAAGGACCUGCAACUAAAAUGUUGUUGUUGCUUGCAUUCUUCUAGUAAAUCAUGUUUGUAUUAUGUA